GAAGGAUUGCUCUGUUACUAUACUGGAGCUCCAUGAAGCUACCUUAAUGAUUAUUGUACCUAGGGCUACAUAUGUCUAUCCAAAGAUCCAGACCCCACGAUCGACAAGAGUGCACAGACAGACUUAUCGGGCCCGAUGGAGACUCGGAAAUUGCGCGAACCAAUCGUUACUAGCACAGCUUGGCUAAUCCCGUUCCUAUCUCAACGUCAAGUCUCCAGGAAACAUUGCGAUCAAGACGCCGUCCGGGCCUCUGCGAUGGCUUCUAGCAAAGCUUGCCAUCGACAAGCCGCCGCUUUUCAUGCGGCACGAUUCAUCAACCCAUGAAGCCAAAGCCAGCAGCGCGCCGCUCGCGGAUUUUGCGCACGCUGCUCUCCCGCUCACCUCUCCAGAAAAUCGCACUGCUGGUCCUUAUCUGGACCAUUAUCGAAGCCCACAUAAUCUACUACCGUGUCGCGCGCACCGAGCGCGAAUCCCGAGCCCGAGCCGUACUUCAUGAGCCUGUGCGGGUGUACAUCGCGAGCCUGCACUGGAACAACGAGGAGAUCCUGCGAUCCGACUGGAAUAAAGGCGUGGUCGAGCUGGUCAGGGCUCUGGGGCCUGAUAAUGUCUUCGUCAGCGUCUACGAAAGCGGCAGCUGGGAUAAUUCGAAGGGCGCCCUACGCGAGCUGGAUCGUGAGCUAGAGAAGACGGGCGUCAGAAAGAAAAUCGUCCUCGACGAAACGACGCACGCAGAGCUCGUGGCCAGCCCGCCGGGCGAAGAGGGAUGGAUUACCGUUCCCAACGGAAAGAAAGCGCUUCGGAGAAUACCAUAUCUCUCCCGGCUACGCAACCUCUCGCUGCAGCCGCUGCUAGACUUGGCCGAGAACGGCACGACAUUCGACCACGUCCUCUUCCUCGGCGACGUUGUCUUCACCACCCCUGACAUCAUCACGCUGCUCAAAACCAACAACGGCCACUACGCGGCAGCCUGCUCCCUGGACUUUAGCAAACCGCCGCUAUUCUACGACACCUUCGCGCUGCGGGACGCAGGGGGCCACGAGCACGCCACGCAGACGUGGCCGUACUUUCGCUCGGCCAAGUCCAGGCGGGCCAUAACCCGGGGCGAGCCAGUCCCCGUAUCCAGCUGCUGGAAUGGCAUAGUUGCCAUGCCCGCCUCAGCCUUCACCGGCAUCCAGCGCCUCAAGUUCAGGGGCAUCCGCGACAGCCUCGCGGCGUCCCACCUCGAAGGGUCCGAGUGCUGCCUUAUCCACGCCGACAAUCCGGCAUCGCGCACACGCGGUGUCUUCCUCAACCCGGCCGUGCGCGUGGGCUACAAGCGCGGGGCGUACGACGCGGUGCACCCUCCCGAUGGCAAGAGUUGGCUGUCCCUGUCUCGGAUUUGGCUCGGCAUGUGGAAAAACCGGCUGGCACGGUGGUCUACGACGCCCUGGUUCAAGGAGCGCCAGGUCCGUGGGCUCGUGCGCAGGUGGGAGCACGAGGAAGAGGGGCGGGAGGAGAAGGGAGGGUUUUGUCUGAUUAACGAGAUGCAGGUUGUUGUCCAUAACGGCUGGGCUCAUUUAUAACUCGAUUCUAUUGCUAAACUGUAGGAUACUUAUCAAGAAGAAUAUUCGCUGGGGCCCGGAUAAGGCCUGGGUACUGCACGUAUACAAUCGCUGCACGCUAGAGAUGUCAAUACACCU